AAGCACGUCACACCGACUGCGCAUGCGCACAAGAUUCAGCCGUACUUGUCUCUCGUCCACGGGAUUCCCGGCCGCCGCCGGAGUACGAGACGUUCUUUGUGGGCACGAGAAAACCGUGCAGAGGCAUAUGCGCAUGCCCGCCAUUUCUUUUCCCUUUCACAGCCGCCGUUCUUUUUCGCCUCGGCUUUCCUUGUGACGUUGUUCUUGCUAUUGAUGGCGGUGAGGUACGCCGAGAUGCCGCGCGUCUACAUCGGCCGCUUAAGCUACCACGUUCGGGAAAAGGACAUCCAGCGCUUCUUUAGCGGCUACGGCCGCUUGCUCGAGGUCGAUUUAAAAAACGGCUACGGCUUUGUGGAGUUCGAGGAUUCCCGGGAUGCCGAGGACGCCGUUUACGAGCUGAACGGCAAAGACUUGUGCGGGGAGCGGGUGAUUGUGGAACACGCCCGCGGCCCCCGCCGGGACAGGGACGGCUACAGCUACGGCAGCCGCAGUGGAGGAUAUAGCAGUCGGCGGACAUCAGGAAGAGAUAAAUAUGGACCUCCUGUUCGUACAGAAUUCAGAUUAAUUGUUGAAAACCUUUCUAGUCGGUGUAGUUGGCAGGAUUUGAAAGAUUUCAUGAGACAAGCUGGUGAGGUGACCUAUGCGGAUGCUCACAAAGAACGCACAAAUGAAGGAGUAAUUGAGUUCCGUUCUUACUCUGACAUGAAGCGUGCUCUGGACAGAUUGGAUGGUACAGAGAUAAAUGGAAGAAAGAUCAGGCUUGUUGAAGACAAGCCACGAUCAAGCCAUAGACGAUCUUAUUCUGGCAGUAGAUCGAGGUCACGUUCUAGAAGGAGAUCACGCAGUAGAAGCCGUAGGAGCAGCCGCAGUAGAUCCCGUAGUGCUUCAAAAAGCCGGUCACGAUCUAAAUCUAGGUCUCGCAGCAAGGAUCGUUCACGUUCCAGAUCUAAAAGUCGGAAGUCUAGAUCAAAGAGCAAGUCUAAGCUGAAAUCAGACCGAGGCUCAAGAUCCCGCAGCAGAUCCAAAGAGAAGUCUGAAAAGUCUCACAGCAGAUCUAGGUCUGUAUCUCGAUCACCCAAAGAAAAUGGUAAUGGAGAGGCAAAGUCUAAAUCCCGAUCAAGGAGCAGAUCUCGUUCCAAUUCGCCAUCACAGCACCAACCUGCCAAGGCUCGAUCAGAGUCCCCACCGAAGCGAGCUGCAUCACGAUCGCAGUCACGAUCUCAUUCAAAAUCUCAUUCUCGUUCACGAUCCAGUUCGCGAGAUUAAGACUAGAACACUCUCCUCCCUUUGCACACAAUUAUGGAACACUUGUAUGCCAGGCCAUGAGUUUAUUUUAUGUUAGUAUUGCAGAAGUUGGUCUGUUUGCUGCAGGAAAAAAGUGGCCUGAAAGCCACAUAAGGCAAAGGUUUGAAUUGUCUAAAACUUUCUAGAAAAUGUGGUUGUACAGAAGUGGCAAGAGCAGGAAAGAAAUGUUUGUGGUAGAAAUUAGGGUAAAUCUUUUUUAAUAAUGUCCCAGCAGAAAUUAUCUGUUGAGGCAUAGAAAAUGAGUUUUAUAUAAAAACUGAGUACAGAAGACUUUUGGAAAAUAAAUUCUUCCUUAAUUUUCCAUCCAUAAAUUAUGAAAUUAGUUUAAUGGCUGUGACUUCUGAAAGUGCACAAACAUGAUAUUCAACAAGUCAGAUAUUUGUAAAACAUAAAAAUUCAAGAGUUAGAAUUGGAACACUUUACCUUUGUUGUAACUUAACUUGCCAAAAGUAACUUUGCUCCUUUCUUACCCUUGUGAUGAUCGACAAGCUAAUAAAAUCGUCCUCUGUCCUUGCACAAUA